AUGAUGUUGUUAUACUUAGGUUUUAUAAUUAAAAUUUCUUUGUUUUGGAUACACACUGUGAAAUCAAUGUCUGUUAUCAAUAAGCACACGUAUUUCAUGGACAACGGAGAUGCAGAAAAUGAAGUAGCGGAUUUAAUUGCGGCGAAAUCCUAUAUACCAGAUGAGAGAGACUUACCGAAAGCAACGGUAAUAAAAAACGUUGAUAAUGAUGCUACAUAUUUCUUGUCGAAGUUAUCUGAUGAGCAAUUGAUGAAAUUAUUAAGUGAACAACCGAAAAAAAAUGAAUAUUAUUUAAGCGACAUCAUUAACUUGACUGUUGGGAACAGACCUAAAGAAGAAAAUAAAGUAAUGGCCAACAUGGAUAAUCAGUUGAAAGUAGUUAUGACUAGAAUUACAAACGAACUUUCAAAAUCAGAAUACAUUCCACUGCUUCAGCAAUUAUCGGAAGUCUUAUUACCCCGUCUUAUAGAUUCAAAAUGGUUUAGUGCUGAUAGCCCUUGUGACGAAGAAGCUGAACUUACUAGCUUGGAACUGGCAAGUCAACAAUUGUUAAGUUCUAUUGGCCAGCAAUAUAUGAAAAGAGCACCAUUAGGUAAAUCAGAUCCUGAACCUAUGGAAGAAGAAGCAGAUACAGAUGAGGAAGAAGGUAAUGACGAAACAGAUGAAUCUGAGGAGUCUCAUGAUGAAGAUGAAGAAGAAGAAUUGCAGACAUAUUCUCCUGCAAGAAAUAACAAUGAAUUGGAACCCGACAGUUUAGAUGAAAUUAAUGAAGCACCUGAUUUGAAUGCAUCUGAUCAAAGUGCACUGUGGCCGAUUCAA